AAGGCACAUGUAACCAUACAUAAGUACAUCAAUGCCGUGUAGUACAAUACAGAUGCAUGUGUUACCUCUGGUUCAUAAAUCCACCUCAACUUUCUAUCACCUGCUACUUCCCAUUGUUUGUCCUUUCGCCUCCUACUCUUUCAUCGCCCUUGCUGCCUUGGUCUCUACUGGACUGGACCGGACCUUUUCGAGUCCCACUCCGAGUGCCGGUGACGAUAGUUACCUCUUACAUAGUACAUAUGUAACUGCACUUAAUACCUAAUAUCGAAUUGAACCUUGGAAGGUCCCGCACUUUCGUUCCCCUUGUUCUACUUUCUUCUUAAAUCAUGAGUCGUCGAUACUCUUUCAAGUCUGAACCUGACGAGCGCGAUCCCCUCGACAAUUCAAACGACCCGAACUAUCGCUACGCACAUUCCAGUCGCCAGCAACACUCUCCCUCUCGUCCCUCCCAUCCUUCCUCGCCAACAUCUCAGUCUCAUUUCUACCAAGAUUUUCCAGCUUCCUCUUUCGAGUCGUAUCGCCAUCCAGCGCACCCUUCGCCCACGAGAGCAUCAAUACACCCCGGCGCUCACCCCGACUCAGCAUUCAACAGGCUACGCCAGAAUAGAAGAUAUAGCGGAGGGGUAGAAAGAGUUGUUGCGCCUAGGACCGAGAUUAGAGCUGGAGCUGGAGCUGGAGCCGGAGCCGGAGCCGGAGCUUUAGCUGGGGGAGCCUAUGCUGCGGGUCACCCAUCUUUAUCUGGACCCGUCCCGCCGUCCCACCGCGAGAACAAUAUAUCUACUCGGGGACGCGAGCCCCCUCAGUCUAACAUCACUCCUGGUGCCGACAAUUUUAGCGAGGCUGCCGCUGGUGGCAUGUCCGGUCUAGCUAUGAGUGUUGCUGAUAAGAACGCACGAGAAAGUGGACUGGAAGCUAUGAGACCAGCUCAGCAAUAUACAGAACCACAGCGCCAGCAGGCCCCUUACUCGGAUGUCUACCAAGCUACGCCAUCGGAGCAAGCUCCCUACGACGAGCCCCAGGGUCACGCAUACGAUCGAAGCUAUGACGUGUCGCCGGGAUACGGAUCCGGACCCUAUCUCUCAUCCGGUCAGGCCUACAAUUCCUCGCCCAGUCUAACUCCAUUAGCAACUGCGGCCGUGUCUCAUUUGGGCCAAGUGACGCCAACUUGGGGCAUGCCGGGCUACUCUGGUGAUCCAUUCCGGGAUCCUCAUAUGACGUACGGCCAGAGGAUGGAUCCUAGGCUCGGCCAGUUCAAUCCGAACGACAUUGACGAUGACGGUGAUGACGGCCUCGAAUACCGACGUUCCACUCGGAAUAGCAUACUGAGUCUAGGGGGGUCGAGUCAUCGAGGUGGCAACGGCGCUGCAGCCGGUGUCGCUGGUGCUGCGGCCGCCGGCGGCGUAAUGGGUGGACUCAUAGGAAGGAAUCGGAAUAGCGGUAUUAAUUAUGACCCAGUACAGAAUACGAGUUCUGCUGGCAGGCUUGGCGACAUAAGUGGUGGAUAUAAGACGGGCACCGGGACAGAGAAACAGUCCGAAUGGUUGUCCAGUCAAAAUAACAGCCGCAAAAAGUGGAAAUGGUUCGUUCUGAUUAUCGUCGGCCUUGUUAUCGCUGGUGGAAUAGCAGGUGGUGUCGUCGGGGGAAUCUUGGCUAGUAGAAACAAAGGUGGUGGUAGUUCGGGCAGCUCUAGUGGAGUUCAAUCCGCCGAGUCGGACACAGCUAUGAAUGGGGAUCUGGACGACACAUCUAAUGAGAUUCAAGCGCUAAUGAACAAUCACAACCUGCACAAGGUCUUUCCCGGUGUUGACUACACGCCUAUCAACGUUCAGUUCCCGGAUUGCCUUAAGAACCCGCCUUCCCAGAAUAACGUUACCCGAGAUGUUGCUGUCCUCUCGCAGCUAACAAAUACCAUUCGACUCUACGGCACCGAUUGCAACCAAACGGAGAUGACGAUCCAUGCUCUACGACAAUUAAAGCUCGAGAAUGAUAUCAAAAUAUGGCUUGGAGUAUGGCAAGACGGAAACGACACUACAAAUGAGCGCCAACUAAGCAAGAUGUGGAACAUCUUGGAUACGUACGGGGCUGAUCCAUUCAAGGGACUCAUCAUUGGCAACGAGAUCCUGUUCCGACAGCAGAUGACCGCUUCAGAGCUUAGUAAACUACUGGACUCGGUGAGAACCAACUUGACAAAGCAUGACUGGAAUCUCCCCGUCGCCACGAGCGAUCUUGGUGACAACUGGGAUUCGCAACUGGCCAGUAUAAGCGACUACAUCAUGGGCAAUAUCCAUCCUUUCUUUGCCGGUGUCAAUGCCAAGGACGCCGCUUCUUGGACGUGGCAGUUCUGGGAGAACAAGGCCCACGGAUUCUUCAAGACGGAAACCGAGAAGAAUAUUAUCUCCGAGAUCGGCUGGCCGACGAAGGGUGGAAUUAAUUGUGGUGACGACAAGGUAACAGACUGUCCUAACGGAUCAGUGGCUGGCAUCGACGAGUUGAAUACGCUGAUGGAGAAUUGGGUUUGCCAGGCCCUCGAGAAUGGAACCAACUAUUUCUGGUUUGAGAUGUUUGACGAGCCUUGGAAAAUCAGCUUCGAUACGCCCGGAAAAGAAUGGGAAGAUCAAUGGGGCCUCAUGGAUGUCAAUAGGAACCUGAAAGAGGGCGUCAAGAUUCCGGACUGCGGAGGUAAAACAGUUUGAACGGUGGGGGGGAAUGGCUACUUGCCUCUUUUCUUUGAACGGGCACUGUGAUCGACUUGAUAAACAAGCCGUCACGAAUAGCAGCCUGGCUAAUACUCUUGACGGGAUACCUCACAUGAUCUUCUUGAACUCGAAAACGGUACAGGGUUGUAUUAUACUAAGAGACGACGGUAUACGCAGGGGUUAUACGAGAAGCGGCGGAGAUGGGAACUCAACCGGUAGCAUAUAGAUGUCUCGGCUUAAGUGUCGUUUAUGGUUCAUGGUUCUACCGACACGAUUCCUGGCGCAGAGGAUUGGGAGAACAGAGCAUUAGACAGCAUCAAUGGAGGGUAUGACUACCUAGGUGGCGUCAAGAUGGUAAUUAUCAUCGUGUACGCAUAGCAUUAUCAUGGGUUACAGUUCUGCCAUUACGGUAUUGCGGAGCCUCCGGUUCGGUUCGGUAUAUACCUAUUACAGGCUUACUCGGAGACUUGGACUCUCGAGUGUGUAGUUUGUUGUCGGGGGCCGGGUUAACUGCGUUCACUUUGAGGUAUGAGGUAGAUGAUCAAUACGUUUAAAAGCUAUCAACUAGGAUUGCAUGAAAGUCUACUCAUUACCUAACAUCUACA